AUGUCCAAGGAGAACCGCACAACGAGAAGGAAUGUCGUGAUUGUUGGCGGCGGGCAUGCAGGGGCCAACCUCGCGCGGCAACUGUCUGGCAGUCUCAACCCAUACAAAUACAGGCUUAUCCUCAUCAACCAGCGGCCAUUCGCGGUGCACCUGCCAGCAGCCGCGCGCAUGACCGUCUCCGCCCAGGAUAGACUGGAGGACCUGGCACUCAUACCAUAUGACAAGCUAUUUAUCAACGGAAACGGAGAGGUCAUCGUGGGAAAGGCGUUCGCGAUCGAGGAGAGGGCGCCGGGGAAGGGGGGAUGGGUUGUGCUCGAGAGUGAAGAGAGAGUGGAGUACGCUCUUCUCGUUCUUGCGUGCGGGUUCCUCUGGUCCGGGCCGUUGGAUUUCCCGUUCGAGCGCGAAGACAUGCAACACCAUAUCACCAACUGGCGGAAGAUGUACGAGCAGGCGCAACAUAUAGUGCUCAUCGGAGGGGGCGCUGUCGGUAUUGAGACUGCGGGAGAAAUCAGAGAUAUAUACCCGAAUAAGAAGAUUACCAUUGUGCAGGCGGACAACAUGCUGCUCAACGCAACAUACCCCGAACGGUAUCGCAGAGACAUCGAGCGUCGCUCAAGAGCACGGGGAAUCGAGAUGGUCUUCUCGGAGCUCACAGACUACAUUCCUGAGUACGGCACGGUUGGGAUUACCACGCGCAGCGGCAUGUCGAUCCCCACAGCGGAUCUCAUCGUCCCGACGUUCGGCCCGCGGCCCAACACCAGUUGGAUCGCGUCCCUGGGCCCUGACGUGCUUGAUGAGCGCGGGCUCGUAUGCGUUGAGCCCACAUUCGAGGUCGUCGGGCACCCAGGCGUUUUCUCGAUCGGGGACAUUACCAACUGCAAUGAGCAGAAGCAGGCGGAGAAGUGCCCCAAACACGUUGAAAUUGUGGCGCCAAACAUCCUCAGUUGCCUCGAGGGACGGCGCAUGACGAGGACAUACAAGGGAACCACAGAGAUUAUUCUGAUACCUCUUGGCAGGAAUCGUGGGUGUGCUUACCUCGACUACCUGUGGGGCAUCAUCAUGGGAGAUUGGUUCGUCCGCUUGUUCAAGAGUAAAGACCUCUUCGUGAACCAGACGAGGCAGGAGCGAGGGCUUUAA